AUGCUUCACAGUACAUUAUUCCUUGCUCUCGUCGUAGGAGGAGCGGUAUCAUCCCCCACAGGCCCCCCUCACUGCACCGGCGGUGAUUGCGGAGGCAAGUGCGGCGACGGCAUCGUCCAAGCGCCCCACGAGCAGUGCGACCUCGGCGCCAAGCUCAACGGCGCCCUCAACAGCGGCUGCAGCGUCGACUGCCAGAUCAUGCCUGUCUGUGGCAAUUCCCAGGUCGAGACUGGCGAGGAAUGCGAUUUUGGCAAGGACUUGAACGGAAAUCCAGGUUCUGGCUGCACCGUUGACUGCAAGAAGUGUGCGGUCUGUGGCAACAGCCAAAUUGAGGGCACUGAAGAAUGCGACGUUGGCCCUGACAACGGCAAACCUGGCUCUGGAUGUACUGCAGACUGCAAAAAAUGCCCGGUCUGCGGUGACAGCAAGGUUGAAGGCACUGAAGAAUGCGACCUCGGCUCUGACAACGGCCAGCCCGGCUCCGGGUGCACCAUCGACUGCAAGAAGUGCCCGGUGUGCGGUGAUGGCAAGGUUGAAGGCGACGAAGAGUGCGACCUGGGAACUGAGAACGGCAAGCCCGGCUCUGGCUGCUCUGCCGAUUGCAAGAAACCCAUACCGCUCUGUGGCGAUGGCAUACUCCAAGAUGGAGAGGAAUGUGACGACGGCGAAAACAACGGCAAGCCCGGUUCAGGGUGCACUAUUGACUGCAAAAAGUGCCCAGUUUGCGGCAACGGGCAGGUGGAGGCCGGCGAGGAGUGUGACCUGGGCCUGGACAACGGAAAGCCGGGGUCUGGCUGCAAUGCCGAUUGCACGCUGAUGGGUGAGUGCGGCGACGGCAUCGUUGAAGACGGCGAGGAAUGCGAUCUCGGCAUCAAGAACGGCGAGCCCUGCUCCCGGUGCUCGGCCCAUUGCACGAAGACUCCCCCUUGUUCCUGCGGCAAUGGCAUACUCGAGCCGGGUGAGGAAUGCGACGAGGGUCCUAACAAUGGUGCGCCCGACUCAACAUGCUCAAAGGACUGCAAGGAGACCCUGCCCUGUGUCUGCGGUGACGGCAAAGUCGACCCCGGCGAGGAAUGCGAUGAGGGGCCCAACAACGGCGAACACGGUUCGACUUGCUCGAAGGACUGCAAGAAGUACCCCCCUGAUGUCUGCGGCGACGGCAAGGUCGACCCCGGUGAAGAAUGCGAUGAGGGGGCUAAUAACGGCGAGCCAGGCUCGAUUUGUUCGUAUCACUGCAAGAAGUACCCCCCUGAUGUCUGCGGCGACGGCAAGGUCGACCCCGGCGAGGAGUGCGAUCUUGGUGAAGUCAACGGCGAGCCCAACUCUGGUUGCUCUGCGGAUUGCAGGAACGCGCCGGUUUGCGAAUGCGGCAAUGGCAAGGUCGAACCGGGCGAGGAAUGCGACCUUGGCGACGCCAACGGUCAGCACGGCUCGGGCUGCUCCGAAAACUGCAAGGUGGUACCCGUAUGCGGCAACGGAAAGCUUGAGCCCGGCGAGCAAUGCGACGCCGGCCCGCUCAACGGAGCCUACAACAGCGGGUGCGCGUCGGACUGCACGCUCUGCGGCUACUGCGGCGACGGCGUCGUUGACACCUCGCAGGAGCAGUGCGACUUGGGCUGGCAGCUGAACGGGUCCCCCGGCGCAUCCUGCUCCGACAACUGCACCACGAUCAACCCCCCUUGCGGAGAGUGUGGCGACGGCAUCGUCCACCCCGGCGAGCAGUGCGACGAUGGCGCCGACAAGAACGGCCAGCCCGGCUGGCGGUGCGGCGAGGACUGCAAGUGGGCCUCGGGCCCCAGCUGCGGCAACGGAGUCACCGAGUGGCCCGAGGAGUGCGACGACGGCGCCGACCUCAACGGCACCCCGCACAGCAGCUGCGCUAGCAAUUGCACCCUGACGACACCCUGCGGCCCUCCCCACCCCCCGGUCUGCGGCAACGGCAUCGUCGAGUACCCCAGCGAGGAGUGCGACGAAGGGUGGUACAUGAACGGCCGGCCGGGCAGCAACUGCACCACCGACUGCCGCAAGACAAAGUGCGCCCACCACCACCAACAACCAGACUGCCACCCGGACCCGCCUCGCUGCGGCGACGCCAGGGUGGACGAGACAGCCGGCGAGGAGUGCGACGACGGGGAGCUCAACAACGGCAGGGACUGGUCCGCCUGCGACGGCAACUGCAAGCUCAAGAAGACGGACCCUCCGGGCGGCGGCGUGUGCGAGACCUGCAACCCCAACCCUUUCUUCAACAAGUGCACCAUCACGACGUCGUGCAUCGUCGCGCCGCCGCCGCUGGGCAACAGGCACUACUGCGCCUGCCGCGCGGGUUACCGCGCCAACAACCUGCUGCCGACGGACCAGCGGCAGUUCAGGCUCAAGUUCGAGGGGCAGGAGUACAGGGUGUUCGUGGCGCCCGGGAUCGAGUGCGAUACGCUCUGCACGAACCCGCAUCCGGGACCGAACUCAUGCCAGGAGGUGCCCGUGAGGGAGGAUUGUUAG